GAGAGAGCAGCACUGUAGUAUAGCAUUACCUACAGAAGGUACCAAAAAAUUCCCCCAAAUUUGUGCCCUAGGAUUUCGAGUUUUCCCAAAUGGAAGGCGACGACGAUACAUCGGGACCAAUGAUCGACGAUGAGAUCUACGCCAACGGCGUCGAUGGAGACAACGAGAAGCGGAGCCGACCCAUCAUCAGCAGCGAGCAACUCGACAUCGAGGCCUACGCGAGCCUCUACAGCGGCCGCACCAAGAUCAUGCGCCUCCUUUUCAUCGCCCAGAGGAGCCAGAGCAACGAGGCUAUGGAGCUGGAGGCGCUCCGCAUGGCCUACGACGAAAUUAAGAAGGGGGAGAACACCCAGUUGCACAGGGAGGUCGUGCAGAAGAUCGCCGGUCGAUUGGGGCCGGAGUACGGAAUGGACGUCGCUUGGUGCGACACUGUGGAUAGGAGGGCCGAGCAGAAGAAGGAGAAGCUCGAGAACGAGCUCAAUGCCUACAGGACAAAUCUGAUCAAAGAAAGCAUAAGAAUGGGUUACAAUGAUUUUGGAGAUUUUUAUUAUGCUCAUGGUCAACUUGGGGAUGCUUUUAAAAGUUAUGUUCGGACUCGUGAUUAUUGCACUACGUCAAAGCAUAUUGUUCACAUGUGCAUGAGUUCAACUCUGGUCAGCAUCGAGAUGGGUCAAUUUACUCAUGUCACAAGCUAUAUUACCAAAGCAGAGCAAAUACCAGAUGCCCUUGACCCUGUCACUGUGGCUAAACUUCGUUGUGCUGCUGGAUUGGCUCACUUGGAAUCUAAAAAAUACAAACUUGCUGCUCGUAAGUUUCUGGAAACUGGGCCUGAAUUAGGAAACCACUACAAUGAAGUGAUUGCUCCUCAAGAUGUUGCAACAUAUGGUGGGCUUUGUGCACUUGCAACUUUUGACAGAAUGGAGCUUAAGAACAAAGUUAUAGACAACCUGAAUUUCCGGAAUUUUUUAGAGUUAGUACCUGAAGUCAGGGAGCUUAUCAAUGAUUUCUACUCAAGCCAUUAUGCUUCAUGCCUGGAUUACCUUGGGAAUCUCAAAGCAAAUUUGCUGCUUGACAUCCAUUUGCAUGAUCACCUUGAGACACUCUAUGGCCAGAUCCGCCACAAGGCUCUCAUCCAGUAUACGCACCCCUUUGUGUCGGUAGAUUUACACAUGAUGGCCAAUGCUUUCAAAACUGAUGUUGCAGGGCUUGAGAAAGAACUUGAAGCUUUGAUCACUGACAACCAAGUCCAGGCUAGAAUUGACUCGCACAACAAAAUCCUCUAUGCACGACAUGCAGAUCAAAGGAAUGCAACUUUUCAACGGGUGCUACAGACAGGGAAUGAGUUUGAUCGGGAUGUUAAGUCUAUGCUCCUUAGGGUAAAUCUUAUAAAGCAUGAGCACAAUCUCAGGGCAUCAAGGAAACACUGAUUAUUUUAGACAAUGUGUUAAUCUGGCAAUCUGGCCAAGGUUUGCGUCUGCACUUUUUGUUUUUGACAUUCAUCAGCUUGGUUUAGUACGGUGGAGGAUUUGACACAUUUAGAAAACCAGGGUGCAAAUAUAUGCGAUCUUUACCGAUAUUAGAUGGUUGUUGUCUUGAAUAUUCGGAUUUUGAUUUUGAUUAGAUUUUUAGUAGUUGCAGCAUUGAUUCAGUUUCUUCUCCGUUGGACAAUGUCAAUAUCGAAUAUUCAGAUUGAAUAUUGAAGCCGGAAUUGCAUAAAUUUUAAUGCCCCAGUUUGAGGACU